CCCACCCCCGCGCCCAAUCCCGGUGGAUUUUCUGCAAGGCGCCAGCGCUGGGAGGGUGCACGCAUGUUUGCCAUGUGCCAAUCAGAGCUGCCCCUCAACCCGCUGUUCAAUGAGGGAAAGGGAAACUUGCAACUCGACGCGGCCUACCUUGGCGGAAGGGAUUGUAGACCAGACAAGAACCUCAACUUCAUGGGGGAAGAGGCCUAUGACAGCAAUGAAAACUGGAGCCAACCCACGCAUGGGGAACCAGAGCAGCUAGGAGACAAUGCAGCCAAGGCAUCUGAUAAUCAAAUCGUACAUAUGCAUAGGCAGAAAGAAAAGAUUAGGCCUAGGGACGUCCCCCAGGACCUCAAACCUGACAGCAUGUUCCUGGCCUCUGAAGAAGAAGAAGAGGAGGAGGAAGAGGAAGGAGAGGAAGAGGAAGAGGAAGAAGAGGACAUCCGCAGACCUCCUGAGGGAGCUGAAGUCAGUGGCAUGGAGCAAGAAAACACCACCAGCAAGGAGAGGAUGAAAGAAGGUGGGAAGCUGGCCAGUUCCCCUUUAGAAGACAACGGCUACGCCAGCAGCUCCCUAAGCAUCGAUAGCCCUGACAGCGGAGGCGCCAUUGCUUGGGACACAUCCGUGGUUGCCGCUGAAGACUGGAAGGGUCACCUAGAACUGCGGUCCCCUGAUGCUGAGUCUGAAAACUCUUCGCCUGGUUCCGAGACACUCUUUCCGGCGUUGGCAGAGGCUUUCCGGAACCUACAGGACAAGAAGAAGUUCAAGGAGCGGGAGAAACAGAAGCACCACGUCCACCUGGUGAUGUACCGCCGCCUGGCAUUGCUCCGCUGGAUCCGCAGCCUCCAGCAGAAGGUGGUUGACCAGCAAAACCGACUCCAGGAUAGCUUUGACACCAUCCUGGACAACCGCAAAGAACUCAUUCGAUGCGUCCAGCAAGGCAUGGUGUGUACCAAGAACCCAACGCAGGCCGAGUUGUGAAGGACAACGCCUCCCACCCAUAUCUUCCCAUGGGUCCUGCAGUCCUUCGCUUGGUCAGCCAUGUGAGCGGCCUACAAAUGCCCAUAUCUGCCUGCACCCUGCAUGGGCGGCUUGUUUUUCUUUAAUGUUUGAUGUUCCUCCUUAUAGCAUACCAGAACAUCAGCAGUCCAUGAAGCGUCAACACCCCGCGCCUAGCCAGUAUUUAUGCAUAGAUCUGACUUUUCACCAUCAUUUCACCUUUUCAUUGUGGUGCAUGGCUUCUGUGGGUGAAUGCAAAUGCAAUGCAUAACGAAAUGAAACAAGGAGCAUAUAGGAUCCUGUGGUGAGAUCUAGCAGUCAUGGAGAAAAACCAGAAAAAGACAGUAUAUAUGCUUAGAAGCGUGGUGUUGGGCACUGGGGUAGGCGAGGGGAUUGGGUCCCAUAUAGGUCAGUUGCCUGUGCCACUGCUUGGAGGAAGGCACAAACAGCUGGCUCACACCGGGAUAGAAAUCCUCUGGAAUGAAAUCCUCAUGAUACUCAGGAUCAGGACAUGCAAGAGAGCCAAUGCUGUACCUGUGCCUGCUAUCUGGCUUCUAGAUCUGUUGAGCUCCCCGCGUCUGGGCAACUAAUCUUACCGAGGAAAGCCAGAAGGCUGUUCAGCUGUGCUUCCAGAUCACUUCUCUGCUGUCGGCCUAUUUUGCCUCCCAGCACCUGCCCCUUGGCCCAUUCCUAUCCCUGUCCUGCUGUGUUCUUCAACUCCUUGGCGUUCGCUUGGUUUCCUAGCCAUGCUUUCUGUCCCAGUCCACCUCCUCUGCUUCCAGGUGCCUACAGCUUCUUCAGUCAUCAAGGCCUGAUCCUGCUGGCACUCAGAACGAGGUCCCUGAAACCAAAGAAGGUCUGGAGAGGUGUAAAAUGUUCAGGAAACAGCCGGUUCUCAAGAUUAUUUUUCUACUUUUUCUCCGUUUAGCCCAAACAGGUUUCCUUUUUAGCAGUGGAGGCUGGUGGCUCUGAUGUCAGUGGGGCUGUGAAUCCACUCCGGCUUUAGUCAGAACUCUAAAGCAGCUAUCCAAGGUGCUUCACAGAGUGUUCACCGUGAUGGGAUAAAUGCUUCUCACCUGGGGUAGUUGCUUUAGGGUUCUGAUUGAUACCUGGAACAGAUUCACCACCCCACUGGCAUCGGAGCAACCAGCCUCCACUGCUUUUUGAGUAUGUUUGAGUAAGAAUGACUCAGUUUGCAUGCAACUUUACUUUGACUUAAGUGGAGUAAAGCAGCCCUUAAGUGGAGGAACAACAGGAGGAGCACCCGUCAUGCUGUUCUUCUCCUCGAAAUGAUUUCUCUCUCUGGGAGAGAAGGAAAUACAGUUACCUCGACAUUGUGGUCUUCAGUUCUUAUCCCAUGUCUUAAUAUCUCAUCCCAAAUCCUAUUUUACCUUUUUCAGCACUUUACAUGAAUGAAUACCAAAUUCCAUAAAAAAAAUACUCCCACCCUCUCCAGAGAGGGUACAGCAAUUUAAGUAAAUGCACGUCAAAUUUAUGCAAAAAACAACAACACCCUGAUUCGUAUUGCAGAAUAUUGGCUUUCUGUUUGCAAGGUAUAAGAUUAGUAUUUGAUUUUGUUUUUAAAACAUUCAUACCUUGCAAUUUCCCCACUGGAAAUAGGGAUUAAUAGAACCCUGGUGGGCUAGGAUUUUAGAGCCUUUGCUCUGAAUGUUUUUCCUAAAUAAAUUAUACCAAAAAUAUUAUGUUUGGGGAAGUUACCCACCCAACUACAGAAAUGCAAAACAACGAUUGCAGUGAUGGAUCUGCUAGUGCACAUUGAACGGUGGCAGUCAUGUGGCUUGAGGCCUAUGAAGACAGUGGGUGUGCAGCUGGUUGCUCCAUGUCUUGCCUGCUCCUCAUUGCCAAAGCAGCAGGUGCCCACCUACCCUGUGUCUCUGUGUGUCAAAAGCCAAAUGGUUCUUCAGAGAACAGAUUGGACACGUCUCGCCUGUUGUAGAAGAACGGAUAAGACGCCUCGUUUUUCCAACUGAAAUCUCUUGCAAUGUGUGAAGACCUCGGAUGGCACAGGUCCCAUCUGGUUGAAAUGGCAUCAAUGCAGCAAAGUGCUUUGGCAAGCUGAGACGUCACUCUUUCUGCCUUUCUUUCCUGUGAUGUUUUUGUCUUAUCUUGGACAUUUUCAGUAUCGCUGCCCAAGAUAUUAAGGAUGUGUCUGCUUUUUAGGGUAAUCAGGUGUACAUGAGAUAGCGGCCUAAUACUAUCAAUGGGCCACUUAUUCAACCAUGGUCAAAUAGUGGCUGGGUUCAGACAACAUGAUAGUCAACAGUGGGGUAAUAAUCAACUCAGCAGUUGUUUAUCUAGGGGGUACUCCCUACACAACAUGGUAAUUGUGGUGUGGAUAAGGAUCAACAUUGAGUUGACUAUUAGUCCACGCUGAGUUGACUCACUCAUCCCUUGCUCUCCGCCCCCAGUCCUCCCACUAGUAUCCCAUCAGCCAUUGCUGUUGAAAAUCUACCCUGCUGGCUGGACUAGAGCAGCAGCCACCACUUUGUCCACUCUUGCCUUGUGACUCUGUGGCUGACGAAAUAACCAACGGUGGCCGAGGAAAUAACCAAUGGUACCCUCCACACAACACGAUAACCAAUGGUUGUUCAAAUAGCCAACUCUGCACAGCAUUGAUGAUUUGCAUUGGUUAUUUCAGUCAAAUAACCAACUGUUAAAAAAACUCCCUCCACACAACAGGAUAACCCAUGGUGGGUUAAAUAACCAACCGUUGACUAUUUAAACCACCAUUGGUUAUAGUGUUUGAACCCAGUCAGUGUCAAGCAUUCCAUGAAGUCAAGAGCACCCUUGGCUAUGCAGAAACUUCUCCCUUUUUGAAUCCUAUCACUUUAUCAACUGUAAUCAAUGGCAGGAGUUUCCACACGUCCGUGCUCUGCAGCCUUGCAGAAUUUGAGGACACACAUGUGCACUCCCUCCACCGUUAGGAGGUACCUCCUGCCCCCUCAUUAUUCCCUGAAAACUUCUGCCCUCCUCCUCCCACUGCUCCUAAUGUGGGGUAGGUGCUAUAACUGCAGGCAUCUCUGAACAGGAAGGAGCACAGGGUUUGGGAGAAAACAGGAAGCAAAUGGGCGUAAGCUCAGGGUACAAAAAGCAGUAGUGGAUUUCCGCUGCCUGUUUUGCUACGGAAAGAAAGUGUUUUCUUAGUGUGUGCAGUAAAACAUCUGGGAAGGAUUGGAAUCUAAGUUCCUAGCCAUUAUUUGAAUGUAAUCGACUUGUCACUUGACCAAGGAUUUUCGUUUGUAUGUUGCUGCUGCUGCUGCUGUUUUUUGAACUUGUAAAAUGCCAACCUCACCCAGCAUUUAAUUCAGGGAUGGGCACCUUGUGGCCCUCUAGAUAUUUUGGGCCUACAGUGCCCAUCAGCCCCAGCCAGCAUAGCCAAUGGGGAGGGAUGAUGGGAACCAAAUCAUCUGAAAGGCCAAAAAUGGCUCACCCCUGAUUUCAGUCCUUAAAAUUACUAUCCAUUGACCCCAACUUUAUUUAAAGCAGGGGUGAUCAACUUGUGGCCCUCCAGAUGUUUUGACCUACAACUCCCAUGAUCCCUCACCAUUGGCUAUACCGGCUAGAACUCACGGCACGUUUAGGCCAAAAUAUGUUGCCCACUCCUGGUUGAAUGUAAAUUCAAGUUUUAUUUUUUUACAAAUAUAAUUUUUAUUUGAAGAA